AUCAACAACAGCAGCAGCAGCAGCUACCGGCAUGGAAUCAGAGACUCGUCGUACAUAACAACGCCACAAGGUUGCUCUCGGAAUCCGCUGCUUUUCAUUCGAAUGCCACACUCUUACAACAAGCUACCCAGGGAGGAGCCAUCCUCACAACCGAUGAAGAUGAUCUUCCUUCUUUACGCCGGCAGCAAUUACUGACAGAACAAAAGUGUGUCGUAAAAAUUUCCAGCAUCCCAUGGACCACCUCAAUCAAGGACAUUGAAUUGUUGUUUGCCGGUACCGUCAAGCUACCAAAUCAUGGCGGAAAGUUCGACCAACAAUGCGUGCAUAUCAUGAUUGACAAAUCCACAGGAAAGACGUUCAAGGAGGCAUACGUAGAGCUGAACACAAUAGAAGACGUUUUCGUGGCCAUUCGAAGAAUCAAGAGCCCAAAUAUCAAAGGUCGCAGGGUAUAUAUUACCAAAAGCACACAGGAAGCAUUGUUCCGCGCUGUGUUUCCAGAAUGGGAUGGCAUGUUCAUCCAUGACAAGCCAACCUUUGUCGAUACGGAACAGGAUGAUGGCGAGGAGAAAAUGACAACAACAACAACAGUUGGAUGCUCUUUGAUGAUGGCUAAUCAUACGACCGCCAGUACAAAUGCGACAGCAGUAGUCCCGCCAUUACUUGUCAAGCCAGAUGAAUAUGAAGCGUUGUUGAGCAUUUGCCGAAACUACAAGGCAUGCUUCUCGCGAAAGUGUCCUGAACGUCCGUUUGAGAACUUUAUCUCAAUCAUGGUCAAAUUCCCCUGGGACACGCCUGACAUUAUUACGACAAUGCAACGCGAUCAUUUGUACGAGUACUACAAGUUGGCGACUGGUAUGCGUUUUCUUUUUUGUUAUCCAACGUGCAUUAUUUUUUGGUUAUCGGAUCAUCAACUCUUAAACACAAAAUACGUGUGCGUUAUCUAUAUAUACAUAUAGGAGCAUUGCGAUUCCAUCUCAA